AUGAAAGAAUUGGUCCAGCAAACUAACCUUUCAUCGUCAAUAAAUCAUCACUAUGGAUCCAAAAAUAAUAAUAGCACGAGCACAACAAGUACAAGCAAUAACAGUACAAACAUAACUAACGGUAACAAUCAGCGUAGAUACGCAGUUUUAAGUAACGAAUGGGUGUCUGCUAUCGGCGAGGAAUUGGGCAUGCACCCACUGCCCGAUUCGCUGCUAAAAAAACUCGCCGAAGAUGCUUCCUACCGCUUACGAGAAAUUUUGCACAAAUGCGUGACAAGAUUGAGCCACAGCUGCAGGAAAAAGCUACUCUCGACGGAUGUCAACGCUGUCAUUACAACACUUUGUGAUGCUGAUCCAGUUUACGGGUCUUCGGAUCCAAUGCCAUCCUACCAUUCAGAAGCACAAGUAUUUGUUCCUCACGAAGAGUUGGUGGAUGUUGCCAGUGUCGCGUUGGAACCGCUUAAUUUAACGCAAAUUAAUGAACCGCACUGUGAUGAAGAUGAAUUUAUUGACGCUAAGCUUACAGAGUGGCCUGCAACUGCAGACAAAUUUCUUCCGAUGUUAGAAAAUGUUCUAUCACAAGACCAUAAACCCAGUAGUAAUACGAUUAAUAAAAAGAGAAUAACUGCAAUGGAAUUGUUAGUGGGGAUUCAGCCCCUGGUAUUUUUCCAGUCCACGUCUUCGCUAUCGCUGGAUAAUCUUUUAAAAGAAGCACCUGAAGGUUCUUCACUGUGGCAUCAAAUUGCACUUUCAGUUAACGCGCUGGUGAGGUCAAAUCAAAAACUACCAAACCUUAAAUUAUUAACUGAAAAUUACGGUGAUUCAUUGUUGCCAUACUUGGAGCCAAUAGACAAUGAACAAAGUAAUGAAAAUUUACCACGGAUACUUCCUAUUAUUGUAAGGAGUAAAAUAAGGUUCGCGUUUGCUGGUGGUAGACCAGUAGCUCCAAAUAAUUUACGAAGAGUGAGUUUACGUGCCAAUUAUCAGAUAUUACGUGGUGAUAAUCGUGCAACGACUGCCAGUGUUGCUUGUCGACGUCUUUUGAUCCUCAAAGACAAACAAAACAAACUUAAAAAUACUUACAAUCUAGCUGCUAUCCAACUUUAA